AUGUCAGCAGAGCAAGCAAUACCAGUGAUAGACUUCAGCACAUGGGCCGGUGGCUCACACGAAGAGCGCAAGCGCAUCGCGCGAGAGCUGACGGAAGCCUGCCAUUCCGUCGGAUUCGUGUAUAUCGCGAACCAUGGCGUGCCCGAGGAUCUCGUGAGUCAAGCCUUCAGCUGGUCCAAGAAACUCUUCGACCUCCCCGAAGAUCAGAAGAUGCUGGCCCCGCACCCGCCAGGCCCAACUGUGCAUCGGGGAUACUCCUGGCCUGGUCUCGAGAAGGUCAGCCAGCACGUCCACCGGGACGAAGACGACGAAGACGUGGUCGCAGCGGAACUCCGCAGAGUCACGGACUGCAAGGAGAGCUACGAGAUCGGAAGCGAGACAUUCGAUCGCCAGCCAAACGUCUGGCUGCCCGAGCACGUCCUCCCGGGGUUCCGGAGCUUCAUGGUUGGAUUUUACUGGCGGUGCUUCGAGACCGCGAAGGAACUGCUACGGGCGCUGGCACUUGGAAUCGGACUCGAUGAGGAGGAUUACUUCCUGCAGUUCCACAGCGGCGAGGGCAACCAGCUGCGUCUGCUUCACUACCCGCCGGUCGAGGCCGAAAAGCUGACGAGCAACGUCGUGGCCCGCAUGCCGGCCCAUACCGACUGGGGCUCCAUCACCCUCCUGUUCCAGGAUGAGUGCGGUGGCUUGCAGGUCGAGGAUCCGCGGCAGCCAGGACGCUUCGUGGAUGCCACGCCCUUGAAGGAUGUGCUUGUUAUGAACGUUGGCGACCUGAUGAUGCGAUGGAGUAAUGUUGCUUACCACAAUGUGCUACGGAGGGAAACCCGCCGAAGUAUGCUCCGAUUACGCAGGAGGAAUAUGCCCGCAUGCGAGGAAGGCUCCAAUAUCAAGAGGCGCCUGCACGAUGAGCGAUGUCUGCUUAAGCUACUAGGAUCAGACUGCUUCUACGAUGGUCUCUAG